AGUGAUGAGAUGCGUCUUGUUAGGAAACAUCACAUGUUUGUGCGCUCAGCGGCCCCAGAUUGAAUUAGAGCCCAUCAGGACAGGAGGGGGACAGUCUGCUGUACUGGGAGAGCUGGACGAGACACAGAGGGACAACCAGCUCCGCGGGCGCACAGAUACUUGACCUGUCUGGAAGGUGGAUGCAGGCUGCGUUUCGGUGAUUUACUGACCACACUUUGUUUUUUGAGAAGAGGAGAUGGAAGUCCUGCCGUUUGUUUUUCUCCUGGCUGGUGCCUGCUUUGUUUACCAGGCUGAUGGACGCAGAACGUUCAGCGACAUGUUCCCCCACAAGCAUGAUGUAGCCGGAAAGUUUCCUUUUCCAAUUCCACCAAUCCCUGGCUGGGAUCCUGACACCAGCCCAUGGAACGAUUACCUCUACCCACCACUGAACCCGAAGCCAAAGGGGCUCAUGCACGGAGGAGGUGAGAAAGCCAAACCCAAGGUUCGUCUGACCAGCGACAGUCCAGCUCUAAACGGCUCUAGCGUCUCCUUCACUGCCAAGCUGGAGUAUCCUCCGUGCCAGAAGGAAGACGCCAACGGGGACCUUGUGUGGGAUGAUCACUGCGGGGACGGUACGGAGCUGGAGGCCUCAGCUAAUGGACAAGUUCGCUCUGGCUAUGUGUACAACUGGACGUCCUGGAUGGAUGACUACGGCUUUGGAAAGUGUACCGACAAGACGAAAUGCAACGUGUUCCCCGACGGGAAGCCCUUCCCUCAGAGCAACGACUGGAGACACAAGGGCUACGUCUACGUUUGGCACACAAUGGGCCAAUACUAUGAGACGUGCGAUGGCUCAUCCUCCAGCGUGACCAUCAACACCACCGACAUCCCACUGGGGGCAGAGGUCAUGGAGGUCAUGGUGUACAGGAAACGUGAGCGCAGGAAGUACAGUCCCCUCACCACUGACAACACCGUCUUCUACGUCACAGACAAGAUCCCUGUGGCGGUCGAGAUCUCCCAGAAGGCUGCGGUCAACGAGUCCAAGAACGUUUUCUUCCGCGGAGAAGACGUGCUCUUCAAGGUCCAGCUUCAUGACCCCAGCGGCUACCUCAAAACCGCUGAGGUCAUCGACUACAUCUGGGACUUCAGGGAUGGCAAUCAGCUGGUGACACACCGUGAAAUGACCGCGCACAGCUACAGCAUGCUGGGGAACAUGAGCGUGAAGCUGGUGGUGGAGGCGGCGUUCCCUGCGGAGUGUCCGCCGGCUGCUGCCACCUCGACCCCGGGGAGACCCGUGUCCACACGUCCUACAGAGGCUCCCACAACUCCAGGCAGUACUCAUGCCGCUACUGUCAAGAUGGAGACCACACAGGCACCACGCAGCACCAGCCGACCCUUGCCCUCCUCCGCUGCCCCCACCUCAACAGGGUUGUCCUCCACGGAGCCCCUCCCCCCGACUGCUGCCAGCACCACCCUGGAGUUCAACCCCACCACCCUGGCCUGGCGCAGCACCCGCCGCCUCAACGGCAACCAGUGUUACCGCUACGCCUACGGAGUCUUCAUUGGUAACAUCACCGUCGUUGAGCCCAAACACGCACUGAACAGCCAAAUGAGUAAUACCAUCGUGGACGUGGUGGCUGCCAGAGUGACCAAAACUGACAUCAGCUUCCUGGUGAAAUGUCUGGGCAUCAUCCCCACCUCGGCCUGCACCAUCAUGUCAGACCCCACCUGCACUCGGGUGCGUAGCAUCAUGUGCGACGACUUGCCGCCAUCGUCGGAGUGCGAGGUGCACCUGAGGCGAACGUUCCCGGAACCCGGCACCUACUGUGUCAACAUCACCUUGGAGGACUCCAGCAGCCUGGCCCUCGCUAGCACCAUCGUCACCAUCAACAAGUCCCAGGAUCCACCUGCGUCCAAGACUAAUCGCACUGCAGAGGUGGUGCUCUCAUCGAGCGCUGUGCUGGUGGCUGUCUUUGCUCUCAUUGCAUAUAUAGUCUACAAGCGUCACAAGGUGUACCGACCCAUUCGUAGGUCACUGGUGGAAGACGCCAGCGGCCAUGCUGGGGUCGGAGGUCACAUGGUUCGCCUGAGGGAGACAUUGUUCCCCCCCAGUGAGGAGAGCCGUCACCUGCUGACAGAGAGACGCCCUCUGUAGGCCUCCUGGAGCGGCACCAGCAACCUUUUUGUCAGGACUGGCAAAAAUACUGGAGAAAAAUGUUGUCGUAUGCAAAUCUAAGCAAAGUUUGAAUAAUUAAAAAGAUGGCAGGAAAAGAUUUGUGUCUUGUUUAGAAAUAUUAGUAAAUACUACUACUCUAAUGUCUUGUUUUGCAUUAUGGCUAAUGCUGCAGAUUGGUGGAUGAUAAUCUGACGAGGUCGUCGAAUGUCUGACUGAGCCACUGCGCCUGCUGAGCUCAGUGUCAGAUGAAGUAGUUGCCUGGAGAUGAACUGUGUUCAAGCCUUUUCAUCAAAUGUAAUAGAUUUGUGCAAAUGUUUUGCCGAGCAUUGCUUUACAAAACUGCACCAUGUGUUGUAAUAACAGCCUCGAGUUAAGUGUUCAGUCCUUGAGAUGGUUGUUCCAAAACCUCUGAGCUCUGUCAACUGAACCGAAAUCAAAUUUUAAGAUUCAAAAGCUGAACCAAAAUAUUCUGUGAAAACUUGACUCGAUUAUAAUAAAUAUUGUGAACUAACCGCU